UGGCAGGCUAUAACAGUGGCUUAUAAGGUUCAUGACUUUGUUAGAUAACAAAAGUAAAUAUUAAAAACUGCAAACAUUUAGAUACAUAGAAAGACAAGACUCGGAAUUUUAGCGACAAUGAUAUCGGUAUUGUUUACGGUAAUUUUACUGAGUGUUAUAGAGAGCGCAUGUGCAGAUUGUCCACGUGGCUUUGAAAUGAACGCUGAAACAUGUUACUACUUUAGUCACGGUGAGGAGACCUGGAUCGGUGCUUAUGAGUCGUGUAAACUUUUUGGCGCCAUGUUGGUUGAAGUAAACAGCGCCGACGAAGACGCUUACCUUAUCAACAAAACUUCAUCAUCAGGAGAUUCUUGGUGGAUGGGAUUGUCGGAUAAACUUAUAGAGGGGGAGUAUGUGUGGGAGACCAGCAUGACUGUACUCGGCGCCAGUGGAUAUAGUAACUGGUCACCAGGGGAACCAAACAAUCAUAAAAAUGAAAAUUGUGUGAAAUAUGCGCAUUCACAUAAUUACCUGUGGCAAGAUACAGAAUGUGAUCAAGAGGAACAUUAUAUUUGCGAAAAGACAGGUGACAUUUCUCCCAUUGUUGGAUAACCAAGUUUUGUUACAAGCGGUAAAUCAUAAAUAUUACAGACAAAAAUAUGCUUUGGUUAAACAUAUAAAAUUUGAAUUAAACGUUAAGAACUAAA